AAGGAGAAUUGUGCAGAUUAGUCUUACAGAAGUCAAAUGGAAUGCAAACACAAAAAAUUGUAAACGCAAUUUAGAUUACACAACUUAAAUCGUUUAAUAAAAAGUGGGUUUUUGCCAUAUUCUUGCAAAGAUGAACGAUUUAAUGACAAAAUCGUUCUUAAGUUAUGUAGAUUUGAAGAAACAGGCCAUGAAAGACAUGGAAGCCGAUCUGGAUAUCGAGAAAGGCGGCCAACUCAGCCCCAUGGACGAACAGAACCUCUCUCAGUUCUUCCAAGAAGUGGCCGCAAUCGAGAUUGAAAUUGAAGAGAUUACCAAUCUCUUGUUCGAUCUUCAGAACCUUAACGAAGGAACCAAGUCCACUCACAGCGCCAAAGUUCUUCGUGGACUAAGGGACCGCAUGGAAUCCGACAUCGUCUCUGUUCUCCGCAAAACAAAAUGUAUCAAGGAACGGCUCGAGUCCCUGGAUCGAUCCAACAUACGCAAUCGAAGAAAAUCUGAGUCGUAUAAAGAAGGAACAUGUGUUGAUCGAACAAGGGUGUCGAUCACGAGCGGUUUGAGAGUCAAGCUUCGGGAGAUCAUGAACGAAUUUCAGUCCUUGAGAGAGAAGAUUCUAUCAGAUUACAAAGGAGAGCUCAAGAGAAGGUACUACAAUGCAACCGGCGAGGAACCCACCGAGGAGGUGAUCGAGAAGAUUGUUUCCGGCGGAGAAAAAGUUCAGUUAUGUUAUGGGAAAGCAGGAGAUGAUCAGAGGCAUGACGCCGUCAUGGACGUACAACGGAGUCUGAAAAGGCUGCAUCAGGUGUUUCUGGACAUGGCACUUCUGGUUGAGACACAGGGGGAGAAGAUAGAUGACAUUGAAGAGAAUGUAGCCAAUGCCAGUGACUUUAUUAGUGGUGGCACCGACAGCCUUUACUAUGCUAAGCAGAUGAAGAAGAAGACGAAGACAUGGGUGUUCUGGGUCUGGGCUGUUGGAUGUUCAAACAUGGAGGAACUGCAGCAGAUUCAUGGGCGAAUGUUAAAGACUGGCCUAGUUGUGGAUGACAUUCCGGUAAGCAAGGUCCUGACUUUCUGUGUUUCUCCCAGAUCUGGCAAUUUACAAUAUGCACAGAUGGUGUUUGAAAGAAUUAGAAGACCCAAUACUUUCAUGUACAACAUCAUGAUGAGAGGGUACUCAAACAGCAGUAAACCAGAGAAAGCCAUUCUUCUGUACCAGCAGAUGCUGCACCAUUCAGUUCCACACAAUGCCUAUACCUUUCCUUUCCUGCUCAAAGCCUGUUCUUGUCUGUCAGCCCUAGAAGAAACCAAGCAGAUUCAUGCCCACAUCAUAAAGUUAGGGUUUGGCUCAGAUGUUUAUGCCACAAAUUCCCUGAUUCAUGUCUAUGCGGUAUCCGGCAGCCUCAAAUCCGCAUGUCUUCUCUUUGAGCGGCUUUCUGAGAGGGACACUGUUUCUUGGAACUCAAUGAUAGAUGGCUAUGCAAGAUGUGGCCAGAUGGAAGUUGCUUAUGAAAUUUUCAAAGAUAUGCAAACAAGGAAUAUCAUCUCUUGGACGACAAUGAUUUCUGGAUAUCUCAGGGCAGGAAUGCAUAAAGAAGCUCUAAAUCUAUUCCAUGAAAUGCAGAUUGCAGGUGUAAAACCUGACAAAGUAGCACUUUCGAGUGCUCUCUCAGCAUGUGCACAUCUUGGAGCAUUAGAGCAAGGCAGAUGGAUUCAUACAUAUGUUAAAAGGGUAAAAAUAGAAAUUGAUCCAAUCUUAGGAUGUGUUCUCAUAGACAUGUAUGCAAAGUGCGGUAACCUAGAAGAAGCUCUAGAAGUGUUCAUGAAAGUGAAGAAGAAAGAAGUGUCUGUAUGGACCGCAUUAAUUUCUGGAUAUGCAAUCCACGGCCAUGGAAGAGAAGCUCUUAAUUGGAAGGAAAAACUCUGUUCACUAGUAUGGAAAGAGUCCAUAAACUUAGCCCGACGGUAGAGCAUUAUGGAUGCAUGGUA